AUGGCGGGAGCAGAUCAUAAGGGGCUCAUGGGGCGCGAAGGACCUCCAGGCCCUUCUGGAAAACGGGGCGAGGAUGGAGAGCCGGGACCAGCUGGCCCUCCAGGGCCGAUGGGAGCUACAGGAGCGACUGGGGCAACCGGAGAUCCUGGAAUGGAGGGCGAGCGAGGACCCUUGGGGCCAAGGGGUCCUCGAGGAGAUCCUGGCAAAGAUGGACCACCAGGAAAGGAUGGAGCUCAGGGUUCAAAAGGAGAGCGUGGUCCUGAGGGACCUCCUGGACCUAAGGGAGCACAAGGUUUCAACGGACUGGAUGGACCGGUUGGACAACAAGGGUUGAUUGGUCCAAAAGGGGACUUUGGUCCAGAUGGAGAACUUGGAGAUCUUGGGGACAAAGGCUUUCAGGGUGAUACUGGCCCUCUUGGAUCGAUAGGACUCGAAGGUAAGUGCAUGACCAGAUUUUGGACGUAG